CCUCUGUUGAUGUUUCUGAAUGCAGGAACCAUGGUCAGUAAGGACGCUGGCAAAUGCGUACUCACAACGUCAGAGAGCGAAGUGGAACCUGCCGCCUGCCUGGCCCUGGAGAUGAAAUAUGCCCUGGAUGCCAACCGGCAGAUCAAGAAACGGAAUAAAGCCCUGCAGGUGCGGUUUAAGGAUAUCUGCGAGGCGCAGAACGAGCAGCGGGACUCACAGCUCACCACGGGGCAGGUGGCCGAGAGGCGCGAGGCCAGGCCCGCAUCCUACCGGGCCGCCUACCGCAAGUACAUGACGGUGCCGGCGCGGAGGUCCAUCCCCAACGUCACCAAGAGCACCGGCGUGCAGACCUCCCCAGACCUGAAGAAGUGUUACCAGACGUUCCCACUGGACCGCAAAAAGGGGAACCUCAAGAGCAUCCCGGCUGCGGAUGCCUUUAAAAGUCAGAACAACGGGUUUGAAAUCGAUGCAAAGGAGAAAGGUCAGGAAGGGCCUGGGGAGGAGGCCCGGCCGUGGGCUGCGGGCCGGGUGCAGACGACGGCGGCCUUGGUUUUCCACCCCCACGAACACAUGAACGCGCUGGACCAGCCGGCCGGGGUCAACUGCGCAGAGCUGUGCAGAAACCCCGACGUGCGCAGCUGCCCAGAAAGACCUCUCCCAAACUCGACCCGGACUCCCUCCCGAGAGCCCCACCACCAGCUGCUCGGGACAGCAAAGCAGGACAGGGCCACACUGGACACCGAGGAACCUGCUCCCUCGGCCUCCGGCAGGGUGUUUAAGACAGAGGUGGCCACUGUCUAUGCACCUGCCCCAGGUGCACAGGCCCCGGAGCCCGCCUUGUCGAACUCUGCCGCCGCGAGCCAGUGGUCCCUCUGCCCCGCAGCCGACGAGGAGCGGAGCAGGGCCACCCAGCUCAAUGGGCUCCAGGCGCCCCCGACGCAGUGCCUGUCCCCCGAAUGUAGCGACCAGCCCCUGCAGACUCCGGCCCCCGCGGGGCAGGAGCACCAGCCUUCUCCGACGGGGGCUGCUGCGGGUGAAGCAUGCCAACAAAUCGUGCCUCGUACGGAAGUGGUGGACCUCAAAGCACAGCUCCAGGUGAUGGAGAACCUGAUCAGUUCAAGCCAGGAAACCAUCAAAGUGCUCCUGGGGGUCAUCCAGGAGCUGGAGAAAGGGGAGGCCCACCGGGAAGGGCUCUCCUAUCGGACGGGGCAAGACACAGCUAACUGUGACACGUGCAGGAACAGUGCCUGUAUUAUCUACAGUGUGGAGCUCGAUUUCAAGCAGCAAGAAGACAAACUCCAGCCCGUUCUGAGGAAUCUCCAUCCCUUUGAGGAAACUCAGGUUGCACCCUCGCCUUACUCUCAGGAGACGCACUCCUCCACGCCCAAGCAAAAAUCCAAAACGGAAUCUAAAAAGCACGGAAGAUGGAAACUCUGGUUCCUUUAAAACGCGUGGCGUUUGGCGCUGAAGGGCCGUCUGGUCUUUAAAACCCACCGGAGUUCAAUCCGUCCUUUUGCAAAACCGAGGGGAGCGAGCGAACCGUGGCCGACGCGGGCGCCACCCGGUCUCACCUGCUUACCAAAAAGGCCUUCGUACCAACAGUGAACAGAGGCAAGGUGUCCAGUGUCAGCCUUGCCAGCUGCUCUUCACAGUUCGCGGAUGUGGGGCGUGAAAUCCAACAUGAACCUUACCGCAGGGGGAGGGGACAAGUACAUCGUACCCGCGCCCAGAUCGCCAAGGACGAUGUCGUCAGCCUGCAAACCGGAGGCUGUCCCUCUGCGCACAGCUGAAACUCAUAAUUAUUUCCAAGCAAAAGCAAGCCUUACGUUUGCCAAGGACUUCAUUUUUACGUUUCAUUUUGCAGAUAAAAAUAAGCAGGGGGUGGGGGCGGCUCUCAGCACAUCACAUUCUAGAGAAAGCACAAUUUUUCCACGUGGUCGGAGACCAUGACUAAUCUCUCAGUGUGACUCUGUGUAUAUCUGCCUUCAUGUGCUGUAGCGCUAAGCCAAGCGACCCCAUCUCGGUGUCACAUUGACACCUGAAGAUUAGCAUCCUCCACGUCUCCAGACCCGCGGAACGUUUACCGCUCGUUUCCAAACGGCGCGCAGCCAGGAGUCCCCCAAAGUCAGGACGGGCCUGUCAUCCCUGCCGGGUGACAGGGUCAGAGCUAGCGGACACUAAGCUUUCCCAGAUCUCAUUUUUAAUCUUUUGAUACCCAAAGGCCAAACGCUAAAUCCUGGCAAGAAUUUGAAAACACACGUAGAGGUACACGGAGAACGCCGUCGCCAAUCAUUCGCGGGCUUUCUCCCUGCCCCUGGCAAGGGCUCCCGCGGAUGUAUCUCCGAGACACUGCUCAUCUGAAGGGAAGGGCAGGCGGCCGUCUGCUACAGUGUGUUGUGCUGCGUAACAACCGUGGCAGACCUGCCAUUUCAAAGAGCAACAGUGUUUAGUUUAGCUGCUACCGUCAAACAAACGUAGUAUCAUCUACAUGUAACCUAUCAGUAAAUUGUACUAAAUGAAAUACCUAGGGGAAAGCUGUGAAUCCAAUGUUUUUAGGUAUUUUUUAAACACACAGUGAUGCAUAGAGUUCUCUUUGGAUUGCACAUUGCAAUAUAAAUCUUAGUUCCUUUAUUUUUUCACACAUUCCUUUGCAAGUGUCUUUUUCUAGAAAUCCAAACCCCCGGGUCUAUGAAUGACUCUAUCAAUUUUUUUAUUUUUUUUGCUUUUCAUAAUAGGAAGGAGGGAUCUUCUUUUGCCUUUUUUUGGUACAAGUUAAAUUUUGAAUAGUUUGUGAACAUCCGAGAAAACCUAGUCUUCGAGUUUCUGUCCAGUAGUCUCACGUCCGAUCCAGUGCGGACACGCACAUGUGAUCGAUCAGCUGCCGGGAACAAAGCGGCUCCUCCGAGAAGUCCCUCCCCCCGCACCGGCCAGACUGGGGCUGCUGCUUGCCUCGCAUUUCCUCCUGACUCAACGGCAAAUCUGCUUUCGUUCUAAGUGUUCUGAUUCUCUAAGGACCUGGGAGUGAUCAGCAAUCAGAUCUGAACGUGAAAUACAUGAAGAGUCUGUCAUGUAAACGUUCUCUGGGGUUGCUCAAGCUGUCCCGCAGACGUAGGCUUUAAUAAAAAAGAAAAAAAUACACCACUUCUGUGAAAACACUGCACAAGGAUACAAAUCCUUGGGUGUCAAUAAAGAGAAUGGAGAAAUAUUUUUUGUGUGCAAAGGAAGGACGUGUAAGGUGAUCCUGGAUUCAUGAAGGAAGUGCAAUUGUGUCACGUAGACAUAAAACUUAAACAAGGUGUUUCAUGUAUUUUAUACUGUUUUUAACUAAUGUUAUAAAAUGUUUGCAACAAGUUAUCUCUCCUUGUGUUUUAAGAACUCCCAGCUCCCUCAGUGAGUUGAAAUAGGGUAUGAGCAGCUUUCUAAUUAGGUCUAGAAAUCUGUCUACACAAGGGGACAUCCUCGAAAACAAAAUAACGCCCCUGGUCGAAAGCAGUCUAGAUAAAAUAAAACUAAAUUAAAAUUUAAAAUGUCAGAGUCAAAAAGGAACUCAUUCCUAUUUAAAAAUAAAAUUGUCUUCAGCAUAGAAAAAAAAAAUACUUUCCAAGCCAUUUCAUAGUUUACUCACAACGUGUCACUAGCAGAUGAAUCUUCUCUUAGAAAGAUUUCAGUAAAAACUUUGAUACAAAAACCAAGUUAAAAUGUAGUAUUCCCUCAUAUGUAGAUGUACCCAUGGCAUUACGUAUAGAGGUUAAGUUAUUAUACUUGUCACUAAGUUCUUUAUUAGUUUUUAAAUAAAAAAAUGAAAGGAAA